AUGAUACCUCCAUCAACCCCUAAGAGGGUGACAAGUUCAUAUUAUUAUAACACCACCGCUCACAAUAAUUCUACUACCAACAUUUUCACAAAUAAUAAUAAUAAUAAUAAUAAUAAUAAUAAUAAUAAUAAUAAUAUAAACUUUUCCGAUGAAGAACACGAAAACUCCAAUUUUAGAACACCAAAUCAUUUAGUUCAUGGUCAUAAUCAAGAGAAAAAUAGAACAAUUAUAAAUCCUGAUAAAAAACACAAUGGAACUGCCAGUAUUAACGAUAAUAAUAACCAUGAUACCAUCACUAAUAAUAAUGAUAGUGGUUUAUUGGUUACUCCACAAACUGUAUCAAGAUUUAAAAAUCUGCUAACCUCUGGAGGAGGAGGUAAUAGUGGUGGAAUAGGUUUAAGGAAAACCAGAGAUGAAGAUUUUGAAGAUAAAGUUGAUCUUGGUUCGUCUACUCCAUUGGUUUCCGCUGGCUCUAUUAUGGGUGAUUCCAGAUCUUCUAUUGGAAAUAAUAACGGAUUGCACAGAAAUUUCAAUGAUUUUGUAGAUUUACGUUAUGAAGAUGAUAAUUUUGGUGGUAAGAUUAACGCUAAUAGUGGGAUGAGCUUUUUAAGAAGCCCAGAAUACACUCCUGCUAAAAAAGUGGUGGAUUCUUCAACGAAUGCAGUACAACCAGACACUACUAGCAAUAAAAAUUUGAGUAACGAUGUUUUCAAUAAUAAUCCUAAUGUUAGCGCUAAACGUAAUUUAGAUUUUCUCUUAUCGAAUAAUGCAUUGGAAAUUAACAGCCAUAACCAAAACAACCUUAACAAUAAUAAGAACAACGAACAGAGCGAUGGCCAAAUGUUAGGUUUUGUAAAAAUAAAGAAAAUUAAGAAUAACACAAUAAAACAACAACCUCCAUCUUUAGCGCGGAUUUCUAGAAUAUUUGAUGAUGAUGAUGAUAGUGAUGUUGUUGAGGAUUUUGGCAUCUAUAAGCCAUCUACGCCAAAUAAAACAACUAUUGCCGAAGAAAGAUCUGGACCUUCUACACCUCAAGAAAAAAUAAUAUCGUUUGAACAAGCAGAAAUGUGGAACAAUGGGUCACCAAUUAAAAAUAAAAAACAUAGACAGACUGAGGUCAGACAUAGUUUUAGAAGUAUCACAGGAAAUAGCGAACAUCACACUAGCGAGGUCAUUGAUGAUGAUUAUGAAAAAGAAGAAGAAGAAGAAGAAGAAAUAUAUAUAUCCAGGAAAAUACUGAAGAAUCCAUUUUUGGAUGAUAAUGAUGAUAAAAUACAGGAAGAAUAUUAUGAUGAAGAAAUUGGUAGAACACCUACUAAACCGUAUAGAAAUGUAAAUAUAUUUAAUAAUUAUGGUAAGUGUGUCAGAAAUAACGACGACGAUGAAGUGAUUAGGUUUUAUGAAGAUAGCGAUGGUAAUGUGGUUAAAAAAAGUAAUUUUUCCAAAGGAAGGCCGAAAAGCCCUGAGGGAAAUAACAACACUAAGUUGGAACCAAAGAAAUUGGUAUUUAAAGAUGAUUGA